UUUAUUUCCUACUCUAACUUGAGAGUAUAAGUAAACAUAUUUCUAAAAUAUCAUAACAGUAAUUGAAUUGUUGAUAAAUUGCAGAUUUCAAAAUGGAGGAGGUACCAAGGGAUCAGAUAGAAAUUCCAAAAACUGAAGAAGAUGCUGGGCAGCCUGGCCCGAGCCCAGCUGCACCUGAGGGUGGUGGAUCUGGCACAACUGUACCAGAGGAUACUCCCCCUGGCCCUCCUGCACCAGAGGAUAUUGUGCCCAGAUCUGCCGGCCACGCUCGACAAACAGCACCUCUCCAUUCUUCUGAAGACCCUCCGGCCUAUCUUCCAGCUAGCCGCAGGAUGUCUAAAUUUCGCCGGAGUGUUAGUGGAGUUCAGUCUUUACAAGAAACCAUAAAAGAAAAACAGGCACGAUAUAGAGAUGCAAGAGAAAGUCGAAAGAUGAAAGUUGACGCUUCAUAUAAAUAUAUAUUUGAAGUUCUAGGAGACAGACUUUGCUUAGAUGUAACAACUGUAGAAGAGAUGAUUUUGGAUGGCCCAUCAUUAGCAGCAUUCGAUAAUUUUUUUGCCAAAGGAGGAAACAGAACAUUGAAAUUUUUGUAUCAAGAAGGAGAUGCACCAGGAGUAGAAUGUGGUCGAACAAUUCCAGGAGUUGUAAAAGGAACUAAAAUUAUGAGAUUGUAUGUUGAUACCACACCAGACAAGUUCAAAGGACUCUGUUUAUUCUUCACUCGUUAUAGGAGUGACAUCCCUGUAAAUGCAAAAACUAUGCAUGAGGAUAUAUAUUUUUGUACAUUGGAUGCUACUGAAGGACUUCUACUUGGUGUUAGGAACAUGCUAUCAAAGAUUUUUCUACCGGCUAUUCUUGCAACAAACAAUUGGGGUGCUUUAAACCAAACCAAACAGGGAACAUAUGAAAAACAGAAUUUUACAGAAACCAUUAACAGAUAUCUUUCAUUUUUAGAUGGUGCUACAAUAAGCAUUAAAGGAACUGUUGAGUUAAAAAAAAUAGAUUCUGUUGACUUUUCUAAACUCCAGUCCUUUGAGGAAGUCACAGCAGCAGCUGCUAAUCCUGAUACAGUGCAUGAGCUAGAGGAUGUGUUUAUGAUAUGGUAUAAGCAGAUUGAACAAGUUUUGAUUGAGAGUGAGCAGAUGAGAAAAGAAGCUGAUGAUUCAGGUCCGCUGACUGAGCUAGAACAUUGGAAACGCACGUCUGCCAAAUUUAAUUUUAUUAUUGAACAGAUCAAAGGACCAAGCUGCAAAGCUGUCAUAAAUGUUUUAAAUAUUGCACAUUCUAAACUAUUGAAGAUAUGGAGAGAGUUGGAUGCCAGAAUCACAGAUACAGCAAAUGAAUCAAAAGACAACGUGAGAUAUUUAUACACACUUGAAAAAGUUUGUCAGCCACUUUACAAUUAUGAUCUGGUAUCCAUGGCACAUGGAAUACAAAAUUUGAUUAAUGCUAUAAGAAUGAUUCACAGCGUUUCGAGAUAUUAUAAUACAUCAGAGAGAAUGACAUCACUGUUUAUAAAGGUUACAAAUCAAAUGGUCACAGCAUGCAAGGCCUAUAUUACUGAUGGUGGUGUUUCUCGUGUGUGGGACCAGGAAAUAUCAGUAGUUAUUAAAAAAAUUCAGGACUGCAUGUUUUUAUUUAAAGAAUAUCAAAAAUGUUUUCAUAAAACAAGGACACAGAUCUUGGAAGCCUCAGGGGAAAAGACAUUUGAGGUGUCAGAGAUGUAUAUCUUUGGUAAAUUUGAAGCUUUUUGUAAAAGGCUAGAAAAAAUUACAGAAAUGAUUACUAUAGUACAAACUUUUUCUGCACUGAGUAUGUCUACAAUUGAAGGUAUAGAUAUUAUGGCAAUAAAAUUCAAAAAUAUCUACCAAAGUGUCCAGAAGAAACAAUAUGAUAUUCUUGACCCACGAAAAUCAGAAUUUGAUUUAGAUUUUGUUGACUUUUCAACAAAAAUCGGAGGUUUAGAGGUGCAGAUACAGACUUUUAUGGGUAGUUGUUUUGGAAGAAUUUUGUCUUCUCAGCAUGCACUUCAGUUGCUUCAAAGGUUUCAGAAACUGAAUAUGCCCUGUCUUCAGCAAGAAAUAGCACAUACUGUUGGUCUUAUUCUUCAGCAUUAUGUAGCAGAACUUGAAGCUACUAAAAAGCUUUACCAGACCCAAAAAGAUGACCCUCCUCUUGCUCGAAACAUGCCCCCUGUAUCAGGAAAGAUACUGUGGGUAAGGCAGCUCUUCAGACGGAUAAGUGAACCAAUCAACUAUUUCUUUAAAAAUUCAGAUAUCUUGACAAGCCCAGAGGGAAAAGCAGUGGUUCGAUCAUUCAAUAAAAUUUCUUAUGCAUUAGUGGAAUUUGAGGUACUCUAUCACAAUGCUUGGGUGAAGGAAAUUUCACAGCUACAAUAUGCAUUACAAGCUUCACUACUUGUGCGUCACCCUGAAACUGCGAAGUUUCUGGUUAACUUUGAUCCCAAAAUGCUAGAAAUUGUUCGAGAGACUAAAUGUAUGAUAAAGAUGGGUCUUGAAGUACCGGAGCAAGCAAAGAGAAUGGUAAAAAUGGAAAAUAAUCUGAAGGCAAACAAACUUAUUUUGGAGAAUCUUCUGCAGUGUUAUGAAGAUGUGUGUCAGGAAACACCCAUGGUGUUUGUGAAUUUAAUGGCCCCUAAAAUGAGAAAGGUGGAAUCUGUGUUGAGGCAGGGACUUACCAUAUUAACUUGGUCAUCUUUGACAUUAGACAGUUUCUUUCAAGAAGUUGAUGAAGUUAUGAAUAUGUUUAAACAACUUUUGAAAAAGGUUAAUGACUUAUGUGAAGUACAGAUUGACUUAAUAUUGAAAGAAGUAUCAAAUACUCUUUUAAUUGUGCUGCCAGAGGAUCGUCCUGUUAAAGUGGAGGAUAUGUUGACACGCAAUGAGACUUAUACCAGAGAGUGUGCUGAAAUAUUGAACCACAAAAGUAUGCAUAUUGAAGAUGCUGUCCAGGAACUGAUAUCUGUAUUUGAGACAAUUUAUGAAUUACAAUAUUACACAGUUUCAAGUGGGUAUUUGGGGAAGUCUAGCUCAAAAAGGAAGCAUGUGGCGUUUGGGGGUAAUGAAGAGGAAGAAGAAACUGAUGAAUCUUUACCUAUUCUUAGUGAGGAGAGUGAAGAUAACGAGAAAGAAGAUGAGUUUAAAAAGGAAUGUAAAGAAAUGGUUGCGUACUUCAGCCAUCAGUUACUGGACAGUCUAUUAAAAACCACCCGACUAUCUUUGGAUACACUUAAAAAAAGAAUAUUUGUUUCAAAUUCCUUUGGACGAUCAGGCUUUUUUUCUCAGGCAAGCAAAUCUGAAGAAGUUGUUUGCUUUCUAAAAGCUGAAGUACAUCUUGCUAUUCCUAAUGUGGUAAUGGUUCCCAGUUUGGAUGAUAUACAGCAAGCCAUCAAUCGUAUGAUCCAAUUAAUAUUGGAAGUAAGUCGUGGAGUUGCACAGUGGGGACAGCAACACUUAAUGCUGAACACUAUUGCACAUAAAAUCUCUUCAACACCCAGUGGAAUAGGAGGGAAAGUAGGCAAAAAAGAUGACAAAGCAGCUGAAGAGUCUGGUCCUGUAAGAAAACUAAGAAAUUUUUAUCCAGGUGUUGCAGAACACAAAGAUGUUUCCAAAUUAGUUGUUCUCCUCUCAAGUUCUGUAAAUUCUGUAAGGAAAGCAACCAGUGAAGCACUGCAGGACUUCCAGAAAUAUAAAGUGUUGUGGACAGAAGACAGAGAUGCUAAAGUUCAGGAAUUUCUGGCUAGCAAUCCUUCUCUGACUGAAAUCAGAGCUGAAAUUCUUCAUUAUGCUACUUUUGAGCAAGAGAUUGAGGAUUUAAAACCUACUAUUCUUGUAGGUCCAAUUGAAUUGCAGACAGGGCCAUUGAAAUUAGCUUUGUCAAUUGAAGCCAAAGCAUGGAAAAUGCUGCUCUGUCGUUACUUAAAUGAGGAAUACAAGAAGAAAAUGACUGACAUUAUAUCAUUUAUAACUGAAUAUUUAAAGAAAUUAUCUCGACCCAUUCGUGACUUAGAUGAUGUCAGAUUUGCAAUGGAAGGUUUAUCCAACAUCCGUGAUAAAGAAAUACAAAUAGAUAUGACUUUAGGACCUAUUGAGGAAGCCUAUACUAUUUUAAACAGAUUUGAAGUUGAGGUGACAAAAGAAGAAUCAGAAGGAGUUGAUACACUCAGAUAUUCUUUUAACAAAUUACUGACCAAAGCUGUCAGUGUUCAAGAUGAGUUGGUUCAAGUUCAGCCCAAAUUUAAGAGCAGCCUACUAGAAUCAGUUGCAGUUUUUCGUGAGGAUGUGUCCAACUUUGAAACAUCAUAUGGAAUGGAAGGACCUAUGGUUCCAAAUAUACCACCUCAAGAAGCCAGCAAUAGACUGCAGUUAUACCAGGCUAAUUUUGAUGAACUCUGGAGAAAAUUUGUCACUUAUUCAUCUGGUGAACAGCUGUUUGGAUUGCCUGUCACAGACUAUGAAGUUUUACAUAAAAUAAGGAAGGAGCUAGGAUUGCUUCAGAAGCUUUAUGGCUUAUAUGAUACCGUAAUGAACAAUAUUAGUGGAUAUUAUGAGAUACUUUGGACAGAUGUAGACAUUGAAAAAAUUAAUGCUGAACUUCUGGAUUUUCAAAACAGGUGCCGCAAACUUCCCAAAGGACUUAAAAACUGGCAGGCAUUCUUAGAUCUCAAGAAAAGAAUAGAUAAUUUUAGUGAAUCAUGCCCUUUGUUGGAAAUGAUGACCAACAAAGCGAUGAAACAGAGACACUGGAAUCGCAUUGCUGAAACAACAGAACAUCCGUUUGAUGUGGAAUCUGAUUCUUUUUGUCUUCGAAAUAUCAUGGAAGCACCACUUCUUAAACAUAAAGAAGAUAUUGAAGAUAUUUGCAUAUCUGCCAUCAAGGAAAAAGAUAUUGAAGCCAAAUUGUCUCAGGUAGUUGAAAGCUGGGGAGGCCAGAGCCUCAGUUUUUCAGCAUUUAAAGGAAGAGGAGAACUAUUGUUAAAAGGAACUGAAUCAUCAGAGAUUAUUACAAUGAUGGAGGAUAGUUUAAUGAUUCUGGGCUCUUUGCUCAGCAACAGAUACAAUACACCAUUUAAAAAAGAAAUUCAGAACUGGGUUUACAAACUAACCACCUCCAGCGAUAUCAUUGAAGAAUGGCUGGUUGUGCAAAACCUCUGGGUUUAUCUUGAAGCUGUUUUUGUAGGUGGAGAUAUUGCAAAACAGUUACCUCAGGAAGCAAAACGUUUUCAGAACAUUGACAAAUCAUGGAUAAAAAUAAUGCAGCGAGCUCAUGAGAACCCAAACGUCAUUAACUGUUGUGUUGGAGAUGAGACAAUGGGACAACUUCUACCUCAUUUACAUGAGCAGCUGGAAGUGUGUCAGAAGUCACUUACAGGGUAUUUAGAAAAGAAAAGGCUACUGUUUCCCAGAUUCUUCUUUGUCUCUGAUCCUGCCCUUCUUGAAAUUCUGGGACAAGCAAGUGAUUCACACACUAUUCAGCCGCACCUGCCUUCUAUAUCUGACAAUGUGAAUGAAGUUCAAUUUCAUGCGAAGGACUAUGAUCGCAUAUUGGCAGUCAUAUCAAGGGAAGGAGAAAAAAUUCCUCUGGAUACUCCAGUGAAUGCAAAAGGACCUGUAGAGCUUUGGUUGCUAGAUUUAUUGCGUGUGCAACAGUCUUCAUUACAUGGUAUAAUUAGGGCAGCAUAUUACCAAAUUAGUGACUCAGGGUACCAGCUGCUGAACUUCCUUAAUCAUUUCCCAGCACAGGUAGGAUUAUUAGGAAUUCAGAUGAUGUGGACUCAUGAUUCUGAAGAAGCCCUACACAAUGCAAAAGAUGACAGGAAAAUAAUGCAAGUAACCAACCAGAGAUUUCUGGAUAUUCUGAAUACACUUAUCAGUCAGACAACCCAUGAUCUUUCCAAGUAUGAUAGAGUGAAAUAUGAAACUCUGGUCACUAUUCAUGUGCAUCAACGAGAUAUUUUUGAUGACUUGGUAAAGAUGCAUAUCAAGUCAGUAACAGAUUUUGAAUGGCUAAAGCAGUGUAGAUUUUAUUUUAAGGAAGAUUUUGAUCAAGUUUUAGUAUCCAUUACAAAUGUUGAUUUUGUUUACCAAAAUGAAUUUUUGGGAUGCACUGAUCGUCUGGUUAUAACUCCUCUAACUGACAGAUGCUAUAUUACCUUAGCUCAGGCAUUAGGAAUGAACAUGGGAGGCGCUCCUGCAGGACCAGCUGGAACUGGUAAAACAGAAACCACAAAAGACAUGGGAAAGGCUCUUGGAAAAUAUGUAGUGGUAUUUAACUGUUCUGAUCAAAUGGAUUUCAGAGGCUUGGGAAGAAUCUUCAAAGGUCUUGCACAGUCAGGAUCCUGGGGAUGUUUUGAUGAAUUUAACAGAAUUGAAUUACCUGUCCUAUCAGUGGCAGCUCAACAAAUAUAUAUUAUUUUAACAGCAAGGAAAGAAAGGAAAAAGCAGUUCAUUUUUUCUGAUGGAGACACUGUAGAUUUAAACCCAGAAUUUGGAAUUUUUCUUACAAUGAAUCCUGGAUAUGCUGGACGUCAGGAAUUACCUGAAAAUCUAAAAAUUCAAUUUAGAACUGUUUCCAUGAUGGUACCAGAUAGGCAGAUAAUUAUGCGAGUUAAGCUUGCAAGUUGUGGAUUUAUUGAUAAUGUGGUUUUGGCUCAGAAAUUCUUUGUUCUUUACAAACUUUGUGAGGAGCAGCUCACCAAGCAGGUUCAUUACGACUUUGGUCUGAGAAAUAUCCUUUCAGUGUUGAGGACUCUUGGAGCUCAAAAAAGGGCCAGACCAGAUGACAGUGAAUUAAGUACUGUUAUGAGAGGGCUAAGGGAUAUGAACCUCUCUAAACUGGUAGAUGAAGAUGAACCCUUAUUUCUCAGUCUUAUAAACGACCUCUUUCCAGGAUUGCAGUUAGAUAGUAAUACAUAUGUUGAAUUGCAAGCUGCAGUAACUAAUCAGGUUGAAGAAGCAGGAUUGAUUAAUCAUCCACCUUGGAAUCUCAAGCUUGUUCAGCUAUAUGAAACUUCUAAAGUACGCCAUGGUUUGAUGACACUUGGACCCAGUGGCUCUGGGAAAACAACAGUUAUAACUAUUCUGAUGAGGGCAAUGACAGAAUGUGGGCAUCCUCACAGAGAGAUGCGUAUGAACCCAAAAGCUAUUACUGCUCCUCAAAUGUUUGGCAAACUAGAUACUGCAACUAAUGACUGGACUGAUGGAAUCUUUUCUACACUGUGGAGAAAAACAUUGAAAGCUAAAAAGGGUGAGAAUAUAUUUCUGAUUCUAGAUGGCCCAGUCGAUGCAAUUUGGAUUGAAAAUCUAAAUUCUGUUUUGGAUGAUAAUAAGACACUAACUCUGGCUAAUGGUGAUAGAAUUCCUAUGGCUCCUACCUGUAAGUUGUUAUUUGAGGUUCACAACAUUGAGAAUGCCUCUCCUGCAACAGUUUCUCGGAUGGGCAUGGUCUACAUCAGUUCCUCUGCCCUCAGCUGGAGACCAAUAUUACAAGCAUGGCUGAAGAAACGCUCUUCACAAGAAGCUGAUGUUUUACAAAAUUUAUAUGAUAGAAUCUUUGAACCAGCAUAUACAUAUAUGAAGUUAAGCCUUAAUCCAAAAGUGGAACUUCUAGAAUGUAACUAUAUUAUGCAGUCUAUUCAUCUUUUGGAGGGUUUGAUUCCCUCAAAGGAAGAAGGCGGUAUUUCAACUGUAUUCCAUCUUCAUAAAUUGUUCAGCUUUGGGCUGAUGUGGAGUUUAGGUGCCCUUCUGGAACUGGAUAGCAGAGAUAAACUUGAAGCCUUCAUUAGAGCUCAUGAUAAUAAAUUAGAUUUGCCAGAAAUCCCUGUAGAAACCAAUCAAACAAUGUAUGAGUUUUAUGUUACUGAUUAUGGUGACUGGGAACACUGGAGUAAAAGAGUUCAAGAAUAUGUUUAUCCAACAGACAGUAUCCCGGAAUAUGCAUCUAUUCUGGUUCCAAAUGUUGACAAUGUGAGAACUCAGUUUUUGAUUGACACUAUUGCAAAGCAACACAAAGCAGUUUUGCUCACAGGAGAACAAGGAACUGCAAAAUCUGUAAUGAUUAAAGCUUAUUUGAAAAAAUAUGACCCGGAACAACAUUUGUCAAAAUGUUUAAACUUUUCCUCUGCCACAGAGCCAUUUAUGUUUCAGAGGACGAUAGAGAGUUAUGUGGACAAACGCAUGGGUAGUACUUAUGGACCACCAGGAGGCAGAAAAAUGACUGUAUUUGUUGAUGAUAUUAAUAUGCCAAUUAUCAAUGAAUGGGGUGAUCAGAUCACAAAUGAAAUAGUGCGCCAGAUGAUGGAAAUGGAAGGAAUGUACAGUUUGGAUAAACCUGGAGACUUUACAACAAUUGUUGAUGUACAGUUAAUAGCAGCUAUGAUACACCCUGGAGGAGGCCGUAAUGAUAUCCCACAGCGUUUGAAGAGGCAGUUUUCUAUAUUUAAUUGCACAUUGCCAUCCAAUGCAUCCAUAGACAAAAUUUUUGGAAUUAUUGGCUCUGGAUACUUUCACCCAUGUAGAAAAUUCAGUCCUGAGAUAUGUGAUGUAAUCAAGAAAUUAGUCCCAACUGGCAGAAUACUAUGGCAGUGGACAAAGACUAAGAUGCUACCCACACCAUCCAAGUUUCAUUAUAUUUUCAAUCUUCGAGACCUUUCCAGAAUUUGGCAAGGAAUGCUAACUAUAAAAGCAGAAGAAUGCAACAAUAUCACUACACUUAUGGCACUUUUUAAACAUGAAUGCACUAGAGUAAUUGCUGACAGAUUUAUUACUGCUGAAGAUGUAGCUUGGUUUGAUAAAACCAUUUCUCGAGCAGUUGAGGAAUGUAUGGGUGCAGGAUUAGAAUCAGUUCUCCAGAAUGAACCAUAUUUUGUAGAUUUUUUACGGGAAAUGCCUGAACCCACUGGAGAAGAACCUGAAGAUUUUGUAUUUGAAGCACCAAAAAUGUAUGAAGAGAUUCCCACUUUUGAAUUUCUGUGUGAAAGACUUCAAGCAUACCAAAAAAGUUACAAUGAAUGCAUCAGGGGAUCAUUUCUCGACCUGGUGUUUUUUAAAGAUGCAAUGACUCAUCUUGUUAAGAUUUCACGAAUAAUUCGGACAGCAUGUGGAAAUGCUUUACUUGUGGGAGUUGGUGGUUCUGGAAAACAGAGUCUUUCAAGGUUGGCCUCUUUUAUAGCAGGUUAUAGGAUAUUUCAGAUCACUUUAACUAGAUCAUAUAAUGUGAGCAAUCUUACAGAUGAUUUAAAACUGCUGUAUAAAGUAGCUGGAGCAGAAGGAAAAGGCAUUACCUUCAUUUUCACUGAUAAUGAAAUAAAAGAUGAGGCUUUUCUGGAAUACCUUAACAAUUUGCUGUCCUCAGGAGAGAUUUCUAAUUUAUUUGCUCGGGAUGAACUGGAUGAAAUCACUCAAGGAUUAAUAUCUGUGAUGAAAAAAGAGCUGCCUCGAAAUCCUCCUACAUAUGAUAAUCUUUAUGAGUAUUUUAUAUCUCGGGCAAAGAAGAAUUUGCAUGUAGUUCUCUGCUUUUCUCCUGUAGGCGAGAAGUUUCGUGCCCGUUCUUUGAAAUUUCCUGGUCUGAUAUCAGGCUGCACUAUGGACUGGUUUAAUCGGUGGCCUAAGGAAGCUCUUGUUGCUGUAGCUAGUUAUUUUCUUUCAGAAUUUAACAUGGUCUGUUCCACUUCAGUUAAAGCACGUGUAGUAGAAACUAUGGGCCUCUUCCAUGAUAUAGUUUCUGAGAGCUGUGAUAAUUAUUUUCAGAGAUAUCGAAGAAGAGCACAUGUUACACCCAAAUCUUAUCUCUCUUUCAUAAAUGGUUAUAAAGAAGUUUAUGCUGAUAAGCUAGAAAAUAUUAAUGAACAAGCUGAACGUAUGCAAAUAGGUCUCUCUAAGCUGAUGGAAGCCAGUGAAUCUGUAGCUAAACUCUCUCAGGAGCUGGCAGUUAAAGAGAAGGAACUGGCUGCAGCUUCUAUAAAAGCAGAUAAAGUGCUGGCAGAAGUUACAGUAAGUGCUGAAGCUGCAGCUAAAGUGAAAAAUGAAGUCCAGGGUGUGAAAGACAAAGCACAAAAGAUUGUAGAUGAAAUUGAUUCAGAAAAAGUAAAAGCUGAGACCAAAUUGGAGGCAGCUAGACCAGCUCUAGAAGAUGCAGAAGCUGCAUUAAAUACCAUCAAACCAGUGGAUAUUGCCACAGUUAGGAAGCUUGCAAAACCCCCUCAUCUAAUCAUGAGGAUCAUGGAUUGUGUUCUGUUAUUGUUCCAAAAGAAAAUAGACCCAGUUACGCUGGAUCCAGAAAAGCCUUGCUGUAAGCCAUCCUGGGGCGAGUCAUUAAAACUUAUGAGUGGUCCAUUUCUGCAGUCUCUCCAGCAAUUUCCUAAGGACAGUAUCAAUGAGGAGACAGUAGAAUUAUUACAGCCUUAUUUCAACAUGGAAGAUUAUACUUUGGAGAAUGGUAAAAAGGUCUGUGGUAAUGUGGCAGGACUCCUAUCUUGGACACAAGCCAUGGCAAUAUUUUAUAGCAUUAACAGAGAAGUGUUACCUCUUAAGGCUAACUUGGCAAAACAAGAAGGGCGUCUGAAAGUAGCUAAUGCAGAGUUAGCCCAGGCUCAGGAGGCACUAGAUGAGAAACAAGCUGAGCUGGAUAAAGUGCAGGCAAAGUUUGAUGCAGCAAUGAAGGAGAAAAUGGACCUGUUGAAUGAUGCAGAAACAUGCAGGAGAAAGAUGCAAGCAGCUUCUGCGCUUAUAGAUGGUCUGAGUGGAGAGAAAGUUAGAUGGACUCAGCAAAGUAAAGAGUUCAGAGCUCAGAUUAACAGACUUGUGGGAGAUGUUUUGCUCUGCACGGGAUUCCUUUCCUAUUGUGGGCCUUUUAAUCAAAAUUUUCGGAACCUUUUGCUUAAAGAUUUAUGGGAAGCAGAGAUGAGAAACCGGAAAAUCCCUUUUACUGAAAACUUGAAUCUAAUUUCAAUGUUGGUAGAUCCACCAACGAUUAGUGAGUGGAACCUGCAAGGGCUGCCAGGAGAUGAACUCUCAAUUCAGAAUGGCAUCAUUGUUACUAAAGCAACUAGAUACCCACUUUUGAUAGAUCCACAAACUCAAGGGAAAACAUGGAUUAAAAAGAAAGAACAGGGUAAUGAAUUGCAGGUGACAACUUUAAAUCACAAGUAUUUCCGCACACAUUUGGAGGACAGCCUUUCACUGGGACGAUCACUUGUUAUUGAGGAUAUAGGUGAAGAGUUGGAUCCUGCCCUUGAUAAUAUAUUAGAAAAGAAUUUCAUUAAAUCAGGUUCCUCUUACAAGGUGAAAGUUGGUGAUAAAGAAAUAGAUGUAAUGAAUACAUUUAAGCUAUACAUUACUACAAAACUACCCAAUCCAGCUUUCACACCUGAGAUCAAUGCUAAAACAUCAGUUAUUGAUUUUACUGUUACAAUGAAGGGACUUGAAAAUCAAUUACUAAGAAGAGUAAUUCUUACUGAGAAACAGGAGCUCGAAGCAGAACGAAUUAAACUCAUGGAAGAUGUUACUUUUAAUAAGAGAAAGAUGAAAGAACUUGAAGAUAAUCUUCUCUACAAACUAAGUGCAACUAAAGGUUCUCUAGUAGAUGAUGAAUCUUUGAUUGGUGUUCUGCGAACAACUAAACAAACAGCAGCUGAGGUAGCUGAAAAGUUAUAUGUGGCAGGAGAAACUCAAGUGAAGAUAAAUACUGCACAAGAGGAAUAUCGACCUGCUGCUACACGAGGAAGCAUUCUUUACUUUCUUAUCACAGAAAUGAGCAUGGUCAAUAACAUGUACCAAACUUCACUGGCCCAGUUCUUAAAGUUAUUUGACCAGUCCAUGGCCAAAUCUGAGAAGUCUCCUUUGCCUCAGAAAAGAAUCUCAAAUAUUAUUGAAUACCUUACGUAUGAAACUUAUAUGUACUCUGUCAGAGGCUUGUAUGAAAACCACAAAUUCCUCUUUACCCUUCUUCUAACAUUAAAAAUUGAUCUUCAGAGGGGACACGUCAAAACCAGAGAGUUCCAAGCACUUAUUAGAGGAGGUGCAGCGCUGGAUCUAAAAGCUUGUCCUCCCAAACCAUUCCGGUGGAUCCUUGAUAUGACAUGGCUGAAUUUGGUAGAAUUGAGUAAACUUCCACAGUUUUCAGAAAUUAUGAAUCAGAUACUUCGUAAUGAGAAGGGGUGGAAAAGUUGGUUUGAUAAAGAUGCUCCUGAGGAAGAAGUUAUUCCUGAUGGAUACAAUGACUCAUUAGAUACCUGCCGGAAACUUUUACUUAUCAGGUCUUGGUGCCCAGAUCGCACUCUUUCCCAAGCCAGAAAGUAUAUUGCAGAUUCACUAGAUGAGAAAUAUACUGAACCAGUCAUUUUACAGUUAGAGAAAACUUGGGAGGAAAGCGAUACACGGACACCUCUCAUCUGUUUCUUGUCUAUGGGGUCUGACCCAACUAUUCAGAUUGACUCCUUGGCUAGGAAGCUUAAACUAGAAUGUAGGACUAUUUCUAUGGGUCAAGGCCAAGAAGUUCAUGCACGCAAGCUAACACAGAUGUCAAUGCAACAGGGGGGCUGGGUGCUACUUCAAAACUGUCAUCUGGGGUUGGAUUUCAUGGAAGAACUACUGGAAACACUUCUAACUGCUGAGAUACCUGAUGAGAGCUUUCGAGUUUGGAUAACCACUGAGCCACAUCUAAAGUUCCCAAUUACACUGCUACAGAUUUCUAUAAAGUUCACAAAUGAACCCCCACAGGGUGUACGUGCAGGUUUGAAAAGAACAUUUACAGGGAUUAAUCAAGACCUGCUAGAUGUCAGCAAUUUGCCUAUGUGGAAACCUCUGCUUUAUACUGUGGCUUUCCUACACUCCACUGUCCAGGAACGACGUAAAUUUGGCCCCUUGGGCUGGAAUAUUCCAUACGAAUUUAACUCUGCAGACUUUACAGCCAGUGUUCAGUUUAUACAGAAUCACCUAGAUGAAUGUGACAUCAAGAAAGGAAUAUCAUGGAGCACAGUACGGUACAUGAUUGGAGAGGUGCAAUAUGGAGGAAGGGUCACAGAUGAUUUUGAUAAGCGUCUUCUUAAUUGCUUUGCAAGGGUGUGGUUCAGUGAAAAGAUGUUUGAGACUGCCUUCUCUUUUUACACUGGAUAUAAAAUCCCAGUAUGCAAAACUCUGGAACAGUAUCAAGAGUAUAUUCAGUCCCUCCCUGCCAUGGACAGUCCAGAAGUCUUUGGUCUUCACCCCAAUGCAGAUAUCACAUAUCAAAGUAAUACAGCAGCUGAUGUUCUGGAUACCAUUACCAAUAUUCAACCCAAGGAAGGUGGAGGAGGAGCAGGAGAAACCCGUGAAGCCAUUGUAUACCGAUUAGCUGAAGAUAUGCUGGACAAACUGCCUUCUGAUUACAUACCCCAUGAGGUAAAGAAUCGUUUAAUAAAGAUGGGACACCUUAAUUCUAUGAAUAUUUUUCUUCGUCAAGAAAUUGAUCGAAUGCAAAAGGUUAUCUCAAUACUCCGAAACAGUCUGUAUGAUCUUAAACUCGCUAUAGAAGGAACCAUUAUUAUGAGCGAGAGUUUGAGAGAUGCACUUGACAAUAUGUAUGAUGCUCGAAUUCCUCAGAUGUGGAAAAGAGUAUCUUGGGAUUCUUCUACACUUGGGUUCUGGUUUACUGAACUUCUAGAAAGAAAUACUCAGUUCUCUACCUGGAUAUUUGAAGGGAGGCCACCUGUUUUUUGGAUGACUGGAUUCUUUAAUCCACAAGGAUUCCUGACAGCAAUGAGACAAGAAGCAACUAGAGCACAUAAAGGCUGGGCUUUAGAUACAGUUACAAUACAUAAUGAAGUGUUAAAGCAAGCCAAAGAAGAAAUCACAACACCUCCUGCUGAAGGGGUCUAUAUUUAUGGACUAUACUUGGAUGGAGCAGGCUGGGACCGACGUAACAGUAAACUUACAGAAUCUGCACCAAAGAUUCUUUUCACACCACUCCCUGUGGUGCACAUAUUUGCUAUUAACACAACUGGUCCUAAGGAUCCAAAACUCUAUGUUUGCCCGGUUUACAAGAAACCAAGGAGGACGGAUCUGACCUACAUCACUGUGAUCUAUUUAAGGACAAUACUAUCUCCAGACCAUUGGAUACUGAGAGGAGUUGCUCUUUUGUGUGACAUAAAGUAAACUCUAUCUUCCAAAGUAUGACAGAAACACAGAAUAUGCAAUAUGUAACCGACAAUAUAAGCAUUAAGUCUGUUGUUCCUAAUUUGCUGGUUUGUCUUUUGUCUUUUUGUGUGAAAUCUUUCAAUGACAACAAUUUAAAUACAAUUUAUGAAGCUGAUUGUUAUCUCCCUCAAUCAAGGGAGUAGUUGCAUUGGUGCUGUUCUCAAAGGAAAUUUUAAGUAAAGCAUUUCACUAAUGGUUACUUUUGAAAGUUUGCAUACCAUUACUUAAGCAAAAUUUAAAAUUCACUUAAAUAGUAAAUGUAGUAUAA